AAAUAUACAAAAUAUAGGGGCCCAAAUUUUGGCUUAAAUAAUUUUAAAUUGGGCCCAAAAUUACCUUUAGUUAAUCCGUCUAUUCACCUUCACUACCUGGAAUAACGCUGGCUUCAAUUUCCCAAAACUCCAUUAAUGAAUCAUUGAAUUCUCCCAAACUCAUCCUCUCUGCCUCUUUAAUUUCUACUCCAAUUUUUAGCAACUUUCAAUUUGGCAAUUUCCAAAACUUGAGCAAUCGAACUCCAUUGUGAAUCCUCCUGUUCUCCAUAUCUUUCUAUUCUACAAAAAUUUCAGAUCUUUCUCCAUUACUCUAUAAAGUUAGGUUUAUUGGGUUCUGAAUUAUCUUUGAAUUUGGGGAAAUUUUCCCAAUUUUUCGGAUUAACAUUAAAUUAGAAACAUAGUCUCCAGAAGUGGGUUCUUGAGUGGCGAAGAAAAAUUAUAGUCUGAAUUCAUCAGAAAAGGAUAUGCUAGCUGACGAUUCCAACAAUGACGAGAAGUGCAGAACUAGAAGGCUAGAGAUCACUGACAAAAACAAGGGUUUUAUAGAGCUGCUGCGUCAGCUGACAGUUUGUGACUCAGUCUCAGACAAGGAAUUUGAGGAUAGAUUCCGAGAGCUUGCCUGCGAGGGGGAUGACCAUGUUAUCUGUGUAGUAGAAGAGAACGAGACAGGAAAGAUUAUAGCAACCGGAAGUGUAUUUAUCGAGAAGAAAUUUAUCAGGAAGUGUGGUAAGGUUGGCCAUAUCGAAGAUGUGGUUGUGGAUGCUAAUGCACGAGGGAUGCAGUUGGGUAAGAAAAUUAUAGAGUUCCUCACUGAACAUGCACGGUCAAUGGGAUGCUACAAGGUUAUUCUUGACUGUUCAGCUGAGAACAGAGUGUUCUAUGAGAAGUGUGGAUUCAAGGAGAAGGAAAUUCAGAUGGUCAAGUAUUUCCCUUAGUGUGAGGAUCCUUGCAAUAGCAUGCUUCUGGCAUAUUUGUAUGAUUUAGUUGUAAUUUAAUGGCAGAGUUCACUAUGUUUUUUUUAGUGUAAAGAGAGCGACAAGGGCAAAUGAUAUAGAGGGGAUUCGAUCUGAAAUCUUGGGCACCACAGAGUUUCACUACACUAUGUCAACAGGUUGUACUUCACCUAUUGGAAGGGAGAUUUCAUGAUCACAACUUUUUGGUAUGUUUAAAUGCUAAAGAUCAAAGUUGGAUUAAGUUUACUCGAUUAUAUUUUGUAGAGAA